CCAAUCACAGGCCGUGCAACAGAACGAACCGCGGUACUACUCGGAGCUCCUCGGCUCCCCUCGGUACCCCUCGGCUCAGGCUAACUUCGUGGUGAUCGGUUCAGUCACACUUCCGCUACCGACCGGGUACGAUGUCGUUCGUGCCUCGGCUCCGGUUUAAAGUUUCGUGUUUUUUUUUUUGGAAAAUAUCCGAGUGAUAUCGUCUCGAGUAGUGUUGUCUGUGCAUCCUUGAUUACAUUCCUCGUCGUUAUCUUUUUAUCUCCGGUGAGUGCAUAGUGUUUCUACGAUUCUGUGUUAUCAAAGGAAACAUUUAGAUGGAAGAAAUUACUGAACAUCUUCGAGUUGCUAAACUCGUUCGAUUAAAAUUUAAUAUCUCACUAACGACUGAUAAAAAUCAUCGAUAGGAGGGGUACUGUGAAUAAAAAAAAAGAAACAAAAGUGUUGUAAAUAAAAACUAACUUAAAUAUAAUUGAAACAACUACAACAAAUAUUAAACGCAUAGUUAUUGUCAGUGAAUUAUUAAAUAAAAAAGAAAAAAAAAAAGACUAAUUUACGCACCAUCAAAAGUAGAAGAAUAAGAAGAAAAAGAAGGAUCAAUCCGAAAUCCCGAUAUAGAGGAAUUCAAUUGGAUCAUGAGGACAUGAACGACACGAGUUUAAGUGAAUCCCAAGAAAAAGCGGGUUUAACGGCACCACCAAAUCAAAGUAAUAAAGAUGGGGGUGGUGGUGGUGGUUCCAGAUGGUUUGUACCACCGAUUGCUACCACAACCACCGCUGAAUCAACGUUCGAAAGUCUCGCAUUGGACGUUUCUUACGCGGGAUUGGAUAUGUCAGGGCAUGAUCUGGUUGAUCAUGCUACGAGUAGUUAUCGGGAGACAAGGGAUGAGAGGAGGGGGGGUGUCAAAAAAAACGAGAUACAAGGAAAAACAAAUAAGAUAGAUAAUAAGGAAGAUGAUUUGUUGUUGUGGGAUGACAUCGGUGUCGUUGAAUAUUUGGAAAAAAAACUUGGACCACCUGACGAAAGUACACCUGAGGAACGUGUCGAAGUUCUUAAAGAAGUUUUAGCCGAAACUGACAUUCACGAGGGCGACGGGGAUCUAUCGGAUUUUCUCUUUCACGUAGCUAGGACGAAAUAUGGCAGAAUUUACAUCAGAGUCAUUCGUACUCUUCUACUAAACCGAGUUCUAUGCAGCGACCGUGUGAGCCAAAUGACCAAGACCUAUAAUGACAUUGAGGCAGUUACAAGGCUUCUGGAAGAAAAAGAAAAAGAUUUGGAAUUGACGGCACGCAUUGGUAAGGAACUGCUGACGCACAAUCAAAAACUUGAGAGUACUGUUAACGCCCUAGAAUCAGAUUUGAAAGAGGCAAACGAAAAGAUCACACAAUUGAAUCAUGAAUUAUACAAGAAAACCGAACUCAUUCAAAUUCUUACAAACGACGUUGACGAGUCGAGCUCAGAAAGUGGUACACCAACGGGUUUACGUGGUAUCAAUUUGGACAUGAUGCAAAGGAAGAUAAGUACCUUAGAAGAUGAGAACAAACAAUUACGUAAUGAAUUUUCCAAGUUGAUAAGCGAGACCAACGAUACCGAGGAACAAGAGGCCCGCCUUGUAAAGGACAUUGCUUCUCAACUCGCAAAUGCCAAUAUGGAGGUGGACGAUAUGGCCGAUGAGCUUGGUCGACAAAAAGAAGAAAAUAGGUUACAGCAUGAACAAAUAAUUAGCCUGACUGCUAAAUUAGCUGAAACUGAGCUCAGGUUAGCUCAACUCUUGGCCGAGCAUGAUGAGGUCGGUGCGACUCUAGUCAUUACCAGAGAUAAUCAGAACACCCUUGCUAGUGAACUUGCGGAAUUUAAAGAACGAUAUGCUGAGGUUGUUAAUCUGCUAUCUGAAACGCAAGAACAGUUGCGUAAACAAAGAAAACGUGGAAUGCCAACCGUAAGAGGUGGAUCGCUGUUUCCUUCGAUGGGUGCUGCACCACAACCAGACUCGAUAGCUUCGGAAUUGGAAUCUUCUCUAUAUUCGGAAUUGAGUCUUGAUUCUGGCAUCAUUACCGAUCGAACGCCAACCUAUAAGAAAGUAUUCGAAACGGUUCGUUGUGCUUCGCGAGCGUCGUACUCUAGUGCAGAUAUGAAUCAAUUUCCUCGUAUAGGUUCUAUGACAACAUCAACAUUAUCUAGCGGUUCGAUGGGUCCACGUAUGAGUUGUACUCAAGUUAAAUCUAAUGUAUCUUUUGGUUUUCCAAGUUUUGAUUCUACCGGUCAUAGUGAGAGCGAAGGUUCCCUUUUCACUGAGUUUGAUGAUUAUCCAGGACCACAAAGGAUUGGAGUGCCUGGUGCACCGGGUGCAGCCGAUUUGGAAGCAGCUCUACGUCGAUUGACACCUGCAGAGGUGCUAACAAGACGAGCAUGUCUGAGUACUGGUGCUGGAUACAACUAUGAUUACGAUGGUGGUAUCGCACAUUCACCGCCAAACUUUUUACCGUUUGGUUGUCGAACACCUGACAGUAUAAUGUCAACUGGUAGUAGUGGUAAUUUAAGCGGUUUCAGUGCUAAUGCCGGAAACGCUUGGAGAGUUCCAGAGAAAUUACAGAUAGUAAAGCCAAUGGAGGGUUCGCAAACGCUACAUCAUUGGUCACGAUUAGCUACGCCUACUUUAGGUGGAUUAUUGGAAGAUAGACCAGGUGUUAGAACACGUGGUGGACGUGGCCUUGAAGAUAUCGGUUUAUUGACCUUUACUUUGUCGGAUCUAGAGGAAGACGAGGAGUACGCGAAUCCUGGUAAACUCUUCCAAGAUACAGGCUCGGUGUAUACAUUUACGAAUAGCACGGUACUUCAUCCGGACGAGCAUACGAGCGUGACACCAAGUAUCGUUGGUAGUAGAGUAGCAACGGCGCCAAGUAGCGCUGGAAAUUCUGGAAAGAAUAGUCCUAGAACUCGUAGCAGGAGUAAUUCUACCUCGACUUUCUCGACUACACUCGGCUUGGCCAAGAUGCUCAAUGAAAGAGGAAUCAAGGCUGUAACACCUUCCUGCGUAGGUACUUCAUGCGGGGCGACACCUAACGGUGAAAGAAACUUCAUACCGACGGCUACGCCUUGUAAUAGCCCAGACGCUAGUCCACCAGCAACGAGAUCCACAUCACCACCACCUGCAACGUCGCAACAAGAAAAUACUUCUCUAUCUUUCAGUCUGUUAAGUAGCGGAGCUGAAUUGUUGAAGCGUACAUUCAGUACCGAAUCCUCCACUCAAUCACAACCUAACAAAAGAACGAGAUCAAAACCGUCGCUUUCAAGAUCCGAGAAAAAAGCACUUUCGGGAAUACGAUUGGUCGAGAAACUUGAAAGAAUAGGAAUAGAUGCUAUCAUGUCGACAACUGGUGGUUCCUCGAUCUCACCGUUGGCACUUCAGGGUGCUUUGUAUACGCGACGUUCGAUGAAGAGUCCAAUGGCACAACUGACCUUUCUCAAAGGAUCGAUGCCUUCGAGCGUCAGUCAGGAAAGAUUGUUCACAUCCUCGUCAUCCUCAUCCUCGGUUUCCUCUGAAUUUAGAUCAAAACCAACGUUGGAACGUCAUAUGAAUGACGACGAUCCUAGAAAUAAGAUGGACGAUGACGACGAUGGUGGUUCUUCAGUUAUGUCCUCUGCUAAUUCUAGUUUAGAUUCGCCAAUGAGAUCGUUCAUUUUAGAAUGUGCGUUUGCUACUCAAGAUAAACGAGAUAGCGAUGGUAGUAGUAAACCAACUAGAUCAGAUUUAGGAAAAGUUAUGGCAGCGGCUAAUAUUGCAACACCAGUUACCAGAGAGUCCAUUACUCAAACCGCCCUAGGUUCCAUCAGUUCACUAUUCUUUGGACGCAAAGGUGGUCUUUUGUAAAAAUCAUCUUUCUAUUUUUUUCUUUCUUUCUUUUUCCUUUUCUUUUUUAAUUUCUUUUUGUCCUUCUCUUUUCGUUCCAUUCGAUUAGCCGUCGUGCUAACGAUAAGUUGAACGUGUAGUAGUCAGGAUCUUAGCAGAUUAAUGGAGGUGUAUUGAUUCGUUGGCAGCAAAAAUGAUUCCAUUGGUUUAUUCAUUCAUUCAUUCAUUCAUUCAUUUGUUUGUUUGUCCGAUUAGAAAACUUGAAACAUUGUUCGUGCUAUUUAACACAAAACACAUUAUACACAGUGCUCUCAUCUGUGCGACACUUUAUUUCCAAUUAAAACAUGCAUGGUAUGUGUAUAUGUACAAUUACGUAUACUCAUACACACCUACACAUCCACAUAUAUAAUUAUAUAUAUUUUAUUUUAUUUGAUAAAUACUUAAUUCUUUGCAGUCCGGCGUCUUCUCAUUUUCAACUUCAGUAUCUUCACGCAUUUAUAAAAUAAAAUCUUCUUUUUUUUUUUUUGUUUGUCAAUAAGUUCUAAUAAGAUUAAUGAGAUUUUGUAAUGAAUUUACUUAAUUGAAUUUAAUAUUCUAAUUUCCUCCACAAUUAUUUACGUCGAAUUUAAUUUAUCGUUCUAUGUUUAAGUUAAACAAAGUAUCACUGCUAAUUCUAUAUCGAUUAAUAUUUAGAUAUCAAAAUUAACAAAAAAUCUGAUCGGACAGCAAAGUAUUAAUAUUUUUAAUAAUCAUUAUUAAAUAGAGUCCUAAUAAUCCUCUCUAUCAGUACAGUACAUACAAAUCCUUAUAGUAUCGAUCACAAUGAUCAUAUAUAGUGACAGAACAAAAAUAUCUUUUAGUCUAAACAAUGGGAAUGUGUCGAGUAAACCAAAAAUGAAAAAAAAAAAAAAAAGAAUAACGAGAAAAAAAG